CGUAUUUAUGGUCUUGAUGACGUAAUGGCAGGUAAAUUAGUAGAAUUUAAAGAGGGUACCGUAGGCAUUACUUUGAAUUUGGAAUAAAAAAAUAUUGGUGUUGUAUUAAUGGGUGAUGGUUUGAUGAUACAAGAGGGAAGUUUCGUAAAAGCAACAGGAAGAAUUGCUCAGAUACCAGUAAGUGAGGGUUAUUUGGGUCGUGUUGUAAAUGCCCUAGCUAAACCUAUUGACGGUCGAGGAGAAAUUUCAACUUCGGAAUCUCGGUUAAUUGAAUCUCCCGCUCCCGGUAUUAUUUCCAGACGUUCCGUGUAUGAGCCUCUUCAAACAGGACUUAUUGUUAUUGAUUCUAUGAUCCCUAUAGGGCGUGGCCAGCGAGAAUUGAUUAUUGGGGACAGACAAGUAGGUAAAACAGCAGUAGCUACAAAUACGAUUCUCAAUCAACAGAGACAAAGUGUAAUAUGUGUUUAUGUAGCUAUUGGUCAAAAAGCAUCUUCUGUGGCUCAAGUAGUAACUACUUUACAAGAAAGAGGAGCAAUGGAAUACACUAUUAUAGUGGCUGAAACAGCAAAUUCCCCAUCUACAUUACAAUACCUCGCGCCUUAUACAGGAGCAGCUCUGGCUGAAUAUUUUAUGUACCGUGAACGUCACACUUUAAUUAUUUAUGAUGAUCCCUCCAAACACGCACAGGCUUAUCGCCAAAUGUCUCUUCUAUUAUGAAGACCACCAGGUCGCGAAGCUUAUCCCGGAGAUGUUUUUUAUUUACAUUCGCGUCUUUUGGAAAGAGCCGCUAAAUUAAGUUCUCAGUUAGGUGAAGGAAGUAUGACUGCUUUACCAAUAGUUGAGACCCAAUCCGGAGAUGUUUCAGCUUAUUUUCCUACUAAU